CCCCUCCUCGCCUGCGGCCGCCCGCCACGGGGUAUAAAGCGGCGCAGGCCGCGGCGCCGGGCACCGGCGGCACCAUGAGGACCCUCGGGCUGCUGACCCUGCUGGCCCUCGUCGCCCUCGGCCUCGGCCGCAGAGACUCGGACCGCUCCGCCAGCGCCGCCGACUCGCCCAGCUCCGAAGCCUUCAUCUCCCGCCGCGCCAGCGUCGAGCUCGUGCGCCGGCACAAGCGGAGCUUCGCCGUGGGCAGCUCCUACGGUGCCGCGCCGGACCCGCUGGAGGCCCAGCGCGAGGUUUGCGAGCUCAACCCCGACUGCGACGAGCUGGCCGACCACAUCGGCUUCCAGGAGGCGUACCGGCGCUUCUACGGCCCCGUGGUCUAGCCCUGCGCCGGCCCCCCGCGCCGGCCCCCCGCGGCCCCCUGAGAUGCCCCCGG